UCAAUAUGACAGCAUUUGUCUCACUGUGCUUUUCCUUUCGGCAUCCGCGAUAGUUCCUAAAUAAGUAUUUCAUCUUCAUUUGAUAUAAUUUGACGUUAAAGAUGGGUGAAAUCCAUUUACGACCGCGGCAAAUCAUCAUAAUUGUAGUGAUCUUCGUGGUCAUCAUACUCUUCAUCACAAAUACUCGGCAAAACUGUGAGUUCCCAAAGUAUUAUAGAUCUUCCGCUCGGAAGGAUGAUUUGCCCACAAUUUUCGCAAUUACUCCAACCUAUUACCGGCCCGUGCAGAAGGCGGAGUUAACGAGGUUGUCACACGUUGUGAUGCUCGUCCCGAACGUGCAUUGGAUCAUAGUUGAAGAUGCGGACCACACGUCAUCUCUAGUCACGAACCUAUUGCAGCGCGCCGGUUUGGUCGAACGUUCCACCCAGCUGUCAGCGAAGACACCAACCCAGUUCAAGUUGCAGGGCAAGGAUCCCAACUGGUCGAAACCGCGUGGUGUUGAGCAACGAAACGCUGCACUGCGUUGGAUUCGCGAGAACACUUCGAAGGACGACCGAGGGGUUGUGUAUUUCAUGGACGACGAUAAUGCGUACAGCGUCGAAUUAUUCGAGGAAAUGAAUAAAAUUCAAGCAGAACGUGUUGGUGUAUGGCCUGUUGGUCUCGUUGGCGGUCUGAUGGUGGAGAAGCCAAUUUUAAACAAUGAGAACAUAGUGACAGGUUUCAAUGCUGCCUGGCGGCCAGAGAGACCAUUCCCUUUGGAUAUGGCUGGCUUUGCAAUUAGCCUAGAUUUACUUCAUAAACGUCCAGAAGCUGUUUUUUCAUUUGAAGUCGAGAGAGGAUACCAAGAAAGUGAAAUAUUGCGGCAUGUUACAGUCCUAAAAGAACUGCAACCUUUAGCGAAUUUAUGCAAAGAAGUGCUGGUUUGGCACACUCGAACAGAAAAACCAAAACUUACUGAAGAAGAAAAGUUACGUAAAGCUGGAAAGUCGUCUUUUGAUGGAAUAGAAGUUUAGAGUAAUUGUUGUUUUUAUUUUGAAAAGUAUUAUAGCUGCAAGAGCAAAAUCUCGUUGAACGUAAUGAUAUUGUAUUUAUACUAAUUAACGGUGUAAGUGAAAAUAUAUUUUUGAUAAUAUGGCAA